AUUCAUUCACGGGACUCAUAAACAUCAUGACAGACAUCAUUUGGCGCUACACUGGUGAUUUCAUGGCUCCCGAUAUUGUUUGCAGAGUGGUUCGCUACUUCCAGGUGGUCCUUCUAUAUGCCUCGACUUAUGUCCUCGUGUCACUAAGCAUAGACCGCUAUCAUGCCAUAGUUUACCCAAUGAAGUUCUUGCAAGGAGAAAAACAGGCGAAAGUUCUUAUUGGAGUGGCCUGGAGCCUCUCUUUCCUCUUUUCCAUCCCGACUCUGAUUAUUUUUGGGAAACGGCAGCUCUCCAAUGGGGAAGUGCAGUGCUGGGCUCUCUGGCCCGAUGACUCCUACUGGGUACCCUACAUGACGGUGGUGGCUUUUCUGGUGUACUUCAUCCCCCUCAUCAUCAUCAGUGUCAUAUACUCCAUCGUGAUACGAACCAUCUGGAUGAAGAGCAAAGCUCAGGCUGUCAUCCUGUCCAGCUGCCCUGGUGGCAAAACCUCUGCUGGCUACACCAGUCGUGGGUUCAUAUCCAGGGCGAAAGUGAAAGCCAUCAAGUACAGCAUCGUCAUCAUCCUCGCAUUUGUUCUCUGUUGGAGCCCUUACUUCCUUUUUGAUAUCCUGGACAACUUCAACAUACUCCCUGAGACCAAAGAGCGCUUCUACGCAUCUGUCAUCAUCCAGAACCUGCCAGCCUUGAACAGUGCCAUCAACCCCCUCAUCUACUGCCUCUUCAGCAACCACCUCUGCCCCCCUUUUGAAAGAACACGCAGACUGGGAGGAACUUGCCAGGACAGGAGUGAGGGAGGGCAGGAGAUGCAGGUUCUGUCCAAACCAGAAUACAUCUAG